CAACCGGACAAAGAUGGCGACGAAGGUUCUAAUACUAAUUGUUUGUGUGUCUGUGCAUGCAUUUAUUCAGAUCGGUGCCGUGGUUUCCACAGAGAGUCUACUGUUUGAUUACAAUGGAUCAACACUGGCUGAAUGCCAGGAUCAUUUUCAACUUGAAUUUUCUCCAAACUGCACAAAGGUUUGUCCGCCAUUCGCCCCGUUUAGAUUUCAUAAUCUGUGUCUGGGAGUUUGUCCUCGCGGAUUAACAGCUAACAGCUACUCAACGUGUUCUAGUUCUUACUAUGAAUUACCAAGUGUGGAAAGAGAUAAAGUACCGAAUCUAAAAUGUAAAAAAGGUAUGUGUUCCUCUGAAAGACCGUUUUGUUACGAUUAUCAAUGUUUGUUUCGAUGUCCCGCAAACACACUUAAUGAAGAGUUCUCCUGCGUGCAUACCUGUUCAAUGUCGUUUCCAUUGAUUUUAAACGAUUCGUGUGUAAUGGAAUGUCCAAAAGACAAACCGUACAAUGAACAUGGUAGAUGUGUCACAUUUUGUUCCAACAGACUUUCGAAACAUGAUGGCACGUGCGUAAAAAACUGUUCAGACAACUCAAACAUCUAUAAUAACACGUGUUUUGAUAAAUGCCCAUUAGUUGCACCGUUUUCCUUUCACGUGUGGAAUACCACUUUCUGUCUUAAGGCUUGUCCAGCUUUUACAGUGGUACGGGGCGAUAAUUGCGAUGUCGGAUGUCCCCGAGGACUUGAUUUUCUUUGGAACCAAACGUGUGUUCAGGAAUGUCCAGAAACAGAUCCAUUCAUAUAUGUUCUUACAGAAAGACUACCUUCCCACAAAAUACCAGUCUGUCUUCCGACGUGUCCUGAUGACACCUUUAUCGAUGGUAACACUUGCGUAAGAAAAUGCGCACCCCAAAUGUAUAUUUUCAACGGAUCCUGUGUUAUGUCAUGUCCUAAUUCACAUCCUCUUCACGCAUACCGUAUGAAAUUCGAUCCAUUUAAUUUCUCAUUUGUCACAUACGCAACUCAUUGCGUUGAAAGCUGUUAUAAUUGGAAUGAAUCCUCUAGUUCGUACCAGCGUAUGUAUCUGUUUAAUGGAACAUGUGUUCCCUACUGUCCCCGCGGGCACUACGGUGUCAAUAACACUUGUGUCGACGAGUGUCCGAUUCUGUACAUGUUCUUGCAUGAAGGGUUUUGUUUAUCCAAGUGUCCUGAUGGCCUUUUUGGAGUUAAUGGUUCAUGCUUGCGAAAAUGUCCAAGUGGACUGUUUAAACACAACAAUACAUGCAUCGAUCAUUGCCCAGCAUCGCACAGUUUGCUAUCCGAUGGCAACUGUGUGAACCUUUGUCCAAGAUAUUAUGAUAUAUAUAACGCAACGUGUGUCCUUACAUGUCCAGAAAAUGCAAAAUACAAAUUAAAUGGAACAUGUUAUACCAAGUGUCCUUCCACACAUCCUUACUCAGAUUAUUAUAAUUGUGUCAAACAUUGUAGUCAUGUUUUCCCGUUCUUAUAUAAUUUAGACCAAACUUGCGUGCAAAAAUGUCCGAAAUAUUUUGCCUUUGACCGAAACGCUCAGAGUUGUGUAGCGAAGUGUCCGUCUUCCCAUCAAUACAAUACAUCGGCUUCUGCAUAUCGCGACGCAUAUAACUAUGAAUGCGUUUCAAACUGUGAUAAAACACAGGUAACUUAUCAAUACAAAUGCAUGCGAGAUUGUCCCGAAGGAACUUCACGAUUUAAGACUGAAUGUCUAACACAAUGCCCUGACUCUGAUCCUUUCACUUACAAAAAGGAAGACCAAAGUGGCUCGUUUAAUUACGAGUGCGUACGUGAAUGCCCAGGAAAUACAUUCAUAUGGAGAAAACAUUGUUUUGAUCAAUGUCCAGAGGAUUUGACAUCCUUUUGGAGAAAUCGAUCUUGUUUAAACACUUGUCCUGAAAAGGGUAUGUAUCGUGCUCAAUUCACUACUAAUAAGAAACAUAUCGCGUUCCGUUGUGUGCACAAAUGCACUGAUUUUCAAUACAUAGACGAAGACCGAUGUGUUUCAUCUUGUCCAUCGUCAAGGCCAUACUCUUUCUCAAGGAUUUGUCGUGACAAAUGUCCCAACACAGACCGUUUCAUAGAGAAUUAUACGGGGCGUUGUUUAAAUCGGUGUUCGGAUAGUUCAGUAAUUCAUAAUACAACAUGUUACUAUCGCUGUCCAGAGAGUGUACCAUUUCUUGCGAAUAAAUAUUGCAGAAAAUCAUGUCCUGAAUCUUUGAAAUUCACUACUCAGAAAAAUGAAGGACAAGUUUGUGCAGAUCAUUGUCUAGAUCCGUUUAUUCGUUUUAAUACGUCAUGUGUAGAAAAAUGUCCAGCAGGAACAAUAAUUAUAAAUAAUACUUGUAUCGAUGGUCGAUAUUGUCCCACAGAGUAUAAGUACGAACUAACCUCACCUCAGGGAACGGUUUGCUACAAAAGAUGUCCGAAGGGAACAUUUGGAGAUGAGAAGAAGUGUUCUUACACAUGUUCUGGCAAGAAAUUACAAUUAGAGUCUGAACACACAUGUGUUACAAGAUGCCCAGAUACUCAUCCAUUGAGAGACAACUCGACCGAAGCGAAAUGUGUUCAAUCCUGCAGGGAAGGGCUAUUAGAAUGGACUGAAAACAAAAUGUGCAUCGCUAGUGAAAAAUGUGAUACCAAACAGGCUUUCUACAACUAUAACAAUGAAAAAUGUGUUCGUAAUUGUCCUGGUAUCUCCUUUCCUAGCUUCCAAGGGAAGGAGUGUGUUUUGAUAACAAAAGAUUACCUGAUUCCAGUGGUAGUCUUGUUGAUUAUUGGUACUGGUUCCCUGCUGUUCUUGUGUAUAUUUUGCUGUAGGAAAAGUCAGCGACACCAUAUCGAGAACAAGAAUGAUAUCGAGCGCAGUGAAGAAAACCCACCACAGUUUGAUGAUGGUUAUUCCAGUGAGGAAACUGUCCUCAAGUCAAAUGAAGAUAACUCGAGCGGAAGUGCUGAUAAUAUGCAAAGAUUAUCAUUACAGCAGAGUCAUAGUUCAGUCAUUAUUCCAUUGCGUAAUAUGCAGACUGAGGAAUUAAUUGAUGACAGUAGCAAGGAAAGACAACCAAUCAGUACUUCCUACAGCACAGAUACCGACGAAACCUGUGUUAAAUUUGUAUAAUUCUGAUACUUGUUUUAUGAUGCAAUUGUUUUAUUUUCUCUAUCAUUAAUUACUUGCGGUUAGAUUUUCGUCAGUUUAAAAUUUUAUGCAUCAAUAUUAAUGACUGAACCACUCCGAGGUUAUAGGCCCUGUUUUGAAACGAUGUUCAGAUGUGGCUAAAUGACAAAGCAGUUAACAAAAUGAAUAUGCGUUGAAUUUCACAGCGAUGUACACUGUAGAAAACAAAGAAUUUGCGAGGAAACAAAAACAGACUUACUACAUGUACAAUGCAACAAGAAUAUCAAGGUAUUCAUAGAAACAUGUAAUCAAAUGAUGUUUUGCUUCUUCCACAAGAGCGAUGUCCGUGUAAGAUAUAUUGGGGUACACUUAUAUUAUCUAGUGAUAUAUUACCUACACAAGAAUGAUGUGCGUGUAAGGUUAUGGAAACAAACAUUUUGGUGUCCCGCUUUUAUAUAAAGUACAUGUAUCGUAUUACCACGUCAUAUUCCGAGACAUUGUGUGAUCGCUCUGGCGACGUCAUGUCUUACAGCAUUUUUAUGUAACUUAACAAAAAAAUAUAAGUUUGCGAGUACCUCGACAGAAUCGUUUUACGGAUUACAAAACUCAACGCAAAUUUCAUGGUUACUAUUUAUAGUAUAUAGUUGCGAACCGAAUCAGAGACAUCUCGUUUUAACUGAUUUUUAUCUUUAUACAAAGGUUAAUUUUUUAGUGUUCCAAUGUCAAGGCCAAUGUUACUGUUACUAUUUGUAACAAGGACACAAAUUUGCAUCGGAUAUGGGCAUGAUUGCCUUAUACACAUUUUUUAGUUUAAAUUUUUGUUCUUUACAACGCCUUAGAUUCACUUAUUAAUAAGUCUGAAUGUAUCGUGCACUCUUCAUUUUUUUCUUAACAUUGUUUCCAAAAGCGCUCUUAAGGAUUUCUGUCCGACCCAUUGCACUGUACUGUAUCUGUCAUAAACUGAGUAACCUCCCCUUAACUUCCGUUUGGCUAUAACUGUAGAACAGUUGGUUAGAGCGAUAGUAUAACAACCCGACGUCCAGGGUUCGAAACCACCUUUUAUAAAUUUUAUAUUAUAUUAUGUUUGCCUAACCCCAAGGUAUGUAUAUACAAAAAAUGAAUCUCAUCGGUGAUAGCCUCCAGAAGGCCCAACUUAGCACCCAUCCUUAUUUUCUCCGUAUACCAUGUACUUACUAAACUCAGAACAGCUCAACUGUCAUCAUACUAGCCAUAUUAGUAUUUGAGUUCGUAUUUUUUAAUAUGCAUAUAACUGUGAGAACAAUUAUAUUUCGUUCCCGUGACAGUGACAAUUCGUACUGAACAGUACUUCAUCGCUUGGUCAAAUGGAUCUUUUUUCUAUAGAAAAAUGGCGAAAUGUUCUUGAAAACGCGUCUAUUUUAUUAUGACAAUAUGCUACAAAUAUCCAGUUGGGCUUACAUAGAAUAAUUAUGUAGAAAAUGUACGACACACAACAAGUGUUUUCGUAUUCAUAUCCUUGGAAUAGUAUAUGCAGCAUGUAUAAUUUGUCUGUACUCAAUUUUAAUCCUUGUAAUAUGUAUAUCAAUUGUAUUACUGCAAUGCGUUGACAAGUUUUUGCUUAACUAUUGUAUAAAGAACUUGUAAGUCACUCUUUUCCAUGCUUUUGGGCUUAGCCCUUCGUCAGGGAUUAAAUGUCACUAGUUUGUUAAUCCAAAAUCCCUCAAUCGGGCUUGCGGGUGUGCGUACUAGAGAGGGUUAAGGAGGAAUCCAAUGUAGCAAGGCUUGUGAUUGAGGGAUUUUGGGUUAACAAACUCAACACUGCUUUCCCCAAUGGUAUCAAUACCGAAUGAUGAUGAUCACGUCACAAUUUGUGAGGUCAUGGUUUGAUGACGUCAUUGUGUUGUGUUGAUGUCAUGAUAACAGUGUUAUGACGUCAUCAACAUCAACGUCAUAGUUACUCAACAUGUUUGUCAAGAUGGAUGUGACAAAGAGGUCGAGUGACAUUUAAUCCCUGACGAAGGGCUAAGCCCGAAAGCUUGGAUAAGAGUGACUUACAAGUUCAUUAAUAUCAUUGCGUUCCCUAUAGGAACAUAUGUUUAUAGACAAUUAGUAUUGUAAAAAGUAUAAUAUUAUGAUUUUGAUUGCUACAUGUUCUUUGCUUUCACUGUAGUUAAAACUGUUUACUUUACCUUAAUUUUCUUUUAUAUCGUUUUACCCCAAAAUAAGAGAAGAGGAUGUCUAACCUAUCCAAUAAAAUACCAAAACACAUACUGAUACAUUUUCUCUCAGCAGUUUCAAAAAAAAAAAGUUUUCCACUUUGGUCCUUUUUGCCGGCAAAAUCGCUUUCCUAUGCAUUCUUCCAGUGUUUUGCAAUGGUACAGAACUCCUGGACACCAAUAUUUCUCUAGUGUAUAGACUGUAUACAUACUGCAAAUCGGGAAAUUUAUACGUAGGUUUAUAUUUCUCUAGUGUAUACAUAGUGCAAAUCGGGAUAUUUAUACGUAGGUUAAUAUUUGCUCAGAUAUAUAUUUGCGAAUUUUCCCAAAAAUAUACAAUAUGUAGUUUUGAUUUUACUUGUCUAUCUUUUGUGAAUCGGGACUAUGCGCAAAACAAAUGACUACCAGAAGAAUAUCCUCAUGACGUUUUUUAGCGUGUUGCUUGCACCAAAUCGUGACAAAAUGGUGUAUUCUCCUCUACUUUACUUUACUUUGCUAAAACACUACGAAAAUUUAGUUCCAUCAUAUUUCUAAAUCGCGAAAUUACAAUCCGUGUAAAUUUACUUUUCUAAUUUUAGGUCAAAAUCGCAUAGAUUUAAGCACGCGUAAAUAACCCGCUAUGCGGUAUAUAUCGUCGUCAAGCUCGUUUAACUAAUAGCCAAUGUCUGCACGUUUAAAACAUGAUAAAAUGGAAAUGUUGUCGGACGAUCAAAAUUUUAUAGAAGGUACUGGUCAUACUUGCUUAUUUGUACAAAAGUUCUUAUAUGAGUGUCUAAUAUAUAUGAGUUUAUGAAAAUUUUCAGAUUUUUUUCUUUCUUUCUAGCCAAAGUAUCACUAUAAAGAUCUUCUGAAUUUGUUUUUAAAAAUGUUACAUAAAAUUUAUCUGGAUGAAAAAGGCACGUCACCUCCAAAAAUUUUAUAAUCUUGGCUCUACAUCUAUUGUCUUUUUUUGUGACGUCAUGAUAUAGUUUAAAAGUCUAGUUUUGGUUUGGUUUAGUUUGUUUGUGUUUUACGUCCUAUUAACAGCUAUGGUCAUUUAAGGGCGUGCCAGGUUUUUGUGGUGAAAGAAAGCAAGAGUUCCAGGAGAAAAACCACUGACCUACGGCCAGUACCUGGCGACUGCCCCACGUAGGUCUCGAACCCGCGACCAAGUGGUGGAGGGCUAGUGGUAGCAGAAUGUCAGACGCCUUAACCACCUAGCUACCGCGGCCCCUUUAAAAGUCUUAUUUAUCGCAUAACUAACCCAUGUUACUAUGUCAUACGUCCAUGUCAUAAAUAUGAUAAUACACACGUGUAAUAAAACCAAAAGGUGCUGCGAUUGGUCAAACCCUUUGGAACAUAUCACCAUGCCACUACAGUUACUACUUUUAUUUAACUGCAUUUUUUUCUGAUAAAUUUGAAUGUUUUUACUAUUAAAUGAAUU